AUCCGAACAUUCCCAUUUCCUAAAAGCCCUGAAAUCUACGCAUACCAUCUAUUGUUCUCUUGCAAUGGCUGCCAGUCCACAAUAUGAACUCGGAACCCUCGUUGGCGGUACCUGGAGACAGUGGUCGAAUUCUGCUGGACAGGAUUAUUACGAGAACCUUAACACCAGGGCUACGCAGUAUAAUAUACCGGUUGGAUUGGAGGAUGCCGAUACGGAUACAUGGGCCGUUGAUGGCUCCAAGAGUUGGCCGCAAUGGCGCAAUACCAGAACCGGACGGAUCAGACGUACGAAUCCGAACCCCCCUACACCUCGAACCUACCUGGACAAGGCCAACGUUCAAACGCACCUCCAGCUUGUCGAGCGAUCGCCCGAAUCCCAUGAGUACUUGUACAGAAGGGUUAUGAUUGCGGUUUUGAAGCACUUCUUCCUGGAGGACGAAGGCUUCGACGUUCUCCAGGAAGAGUCGCGCGGGGAAUUAGACCAAACCGAGUCGAGGGCGGACAUGGCGGUGCUCAAAAUCACAUCUCGCCCCGGAGGAAGCCUAUAUGCGUAUGAUUACUGCUUGGUAGAGAGUAAGAAGGCUGAUAGGAGCUGGACUGAGACGGAGCAUCACCUGAGCCGACAUUGUGCCGGUACAGAAAACCAGUCUGGGCAGGUCUAUGGCAUCGUCCACAUUGGACUUUACGUUCAAUUCUUCACUGCCAACAGAGGGGUGCUUACGGCGUUAAGUUGUGGUCUACACAUACGCAACGACGUCAACGCGAUCACAACCAUGUUUGGGAACAUGAAGCGUCAGCCACUCCCGUUUUUGUGAUUAAAGAGUCAGUACACUAGGAGGCGGUGUGAUGGUGAGGGAUGUCUUGUUAUACUGUUUUGCCAAAGCUGUUCCGCUUAGACAGUUACAUAUGUUAGCUGGUUUUUCCGGUCUCUUACAUUGAACAAAUGGA